CUGGACUAAAACGCAUCAAUAUAAAGUCUAAAAAUAAGCAUCUGGCCUAAAUCAUCAAAUGCCUAAAAAUAAAAUUAGAUUAGUUUCCGACACUUCUACGCAUAUCAUACAAUUGUUUUUUGAUGCAUUUUUGUGUUUAGUUUUUAGGUUGCUGAAAUCAUAAAUUUGAAAGUCUUGUAUAUUUUUGAAUAUUAUUACCUAGGUACCUUAAAAUGUGUGGUAAUUGGUUUGUGAUAAUUAAUUUGACACUGUUGUGCGUUGAAGCAAAUGUCUACUCAAAAACACAAUAUCGAGUGGGUGGUACCUUUAGUGAUCCCAAUCAUCAAGCGGCAUUUCAAGUAGUUAUAGAUAACCUUAAUAGAGACAACUGGGAGAAACCUUUCGAAAUUAUUGCUGAACCAUUCAACGUUUCUUAUUAUAAUAGUUUAGAGACACGAAGAGCUAUAUGUUCUCUCCUAGAAAAGGGAGUGAUAGGCAUCUUCGGUCCAAGUUCAAGUCACACCUCUAACUACAUCCAUUCGAUAUGUGACAAUAAAGAAAUUCCUCAAAUUGAAACACAUUAUGAUCUCAAAAUUGAUCGGAGCUUUUGUGUGGUCAAUUUACACCCAAAUGCAAGAAAAAUUUCGGAGUUUUUCGUUCACCUUGUACGUGCAUACAAUUGGGACAGGCUCAUAAUACUUUUCGAGGACAAUGAAAGUUUAAAACGAAUAGCACCAUUGCUUGAGUUGAACAUUGAGUAUGGUACCCACUUGAUAUUCAGACAGUUGGAUCAGGAGUCACCAGGAAGUUAUAGAGAGGUGUUAAACAGUAUCAAAAAAAUGCCUGACAAUAAUAUUCUUCUGGAAUGUUCCAUAGACAUAUUGGAAGACGUACUUAUUCAAGCACAGCAAGUUGGUAUAAUGACAGAACAAUAUAAAUUUAUAAUAACUAAUCUUGAUUUGAGUACUGUAAACUUGGAACCUUUUCAGUAUGGCGGAACCAAUAUCACGGGGGCUCGGUUAUUUGAUCCUGAUGACACCACAGUAACAGAAAUUAACUCCAAGAUUAUGGAAAUCUUGAAACUACCAAAAGAAGUAGCGGACAUGCAAAAAAUGAGACUUUCAACGGCAUUGCUCAUUGAUGGUAUAAGUAUGUUUUAUGAAGUUGUCAAGGACCUUGCUAGUACUCCAAGUGGUAUUGAAGUCCAAUACCUUGAAUGCAAGGAUACAGAUUCUUGGAAGUAUGGUUUGACUAUUGCGAAUCAAAUAAAAGGAAGGGAAUAUAAUGGAAUAACAAGAAAAAUCAGAUUUGAUUUCGAAGGAAUCAGAAGUGAUUUUAAACUAGAUCUGGUAGAGCUAUCUACAGCAGGCUUGCAAAAAGUUGGUCAAUGGGACACAACCACUAAAUCAUUAACUAUGAGCAGAAAAUAUGUUGCACCAUUUUUGGAUCUGGACUUGGAUUUCAAUCCUUUUAAUAGAACUUUUAGAGUUGUUGUAGUACUUACUGCACCUUAUGCUUUUCUUAAAGAAACUACUGACCAACUAACAGGCAAUGACAGAUACGAAGGGUUUUGUAUAGAUGUAAUUCAAGAACUCUCAAAACUGCUAGGUUAUAAUUAUACAUUUUUGGUUCAACACGAUGGUAAAAAUGGAAAUUUUAAUCGAUCUACAAAUCGAUGGGAUGGUGUUAUUGGUCAAAUAAUUGAUGAAAAUGCGGAUUUAGCUAUCACAGAUUUGACAAUAACAUCAGAAAGAGAAAAUGCUGUUGAUUUUACAAGUCCAUUCAUGAAUUUAGGAAUCAGCAUCCUCUACAAAAAGCCGGAACCAGUUCCUCCCAGCCUCUUCAUGUUUACAUCACCAUUCUCAACAAGUGUUUGGGUAAUGUUAGGUGUAGCCUACAUUCUAGUAUCAAUUGCUAUUUUCAUUAUGGGUAGACUGUCACCGAGUGAAUGGAAUAAUCCAUAUCCUUGUAUAGAAGAGCCGGAAUAUUAUGUAAAUCAGUUCAGUUUUAGGAAUUCAUUGUGGUUCACUAUUGGUGGAUUACUGCAGCAAGGAUCAGAGUUAGCACCUGCGAGCAUAUCAACUCGAACAGCUUCAGGUUUCUGGUGGUUCUUUAUACUGAUAAUGGUAGCGUCCUAUACAGCAAAUCUUGCUUCAUUUCUUACUGUGUCAACUCUAGUAACCCCAUUUAAAAAUAUUGACGAACUGUCUAAACAAACAGAAAUUAAAUAUGGGGCUAAAAAGCAAGGAGCCACUGAAAACUUUUUUAGGGACUCGAAUGGUACUACUCACCAAAGAGUCUACAACUACAUAAAAGCACAUCCUGAGCUCAUGACUGCUGAGAAUGAAGAAGGACUUAAACGAGUAGAAACCGAAAAUUAUGCCUUCUUAAUGGAGUCGACCACAAUUGAGUAUAUUACUCAAAGACAUUGUGGCUUGGCCCAAGUAGGAGGACUACUGGAUCAUAAAGGAUAUGGAAUUGCAAUGAAAAGAGAAUCUCCCUACAGAAAUGAGCUUAGUACAGCCAUAAUAAAGCUUCAAGAAACCGGAGUAAUUACUGGGCUCAAAAUAAAGUGGUGGAAAGAAAAAAGGGGAGGCAGUACUUGUUCGGCUACAAAAAAGCAAUCUGAAGCUACACCCCUGGAUCUUCAAAAUGUCGGCGGUGUUUUCCUUGUUCUAUUUGUAGGUGCAAUCUUGGCUCUGAUUGGUUCAUUUUUAGAAUUAGCCUUCAGGAUCUACCGGAAGUGCCAGAUGACCAAAGACGACUUUUAUCAUCAGCUCAAAAAGGAAUUGGAAUUUUUUAUCCAAUUCAAGAAAAAUAUAAAGGAAUUGGCACCAGCUGAUGAGGAUGUGUCAGAGAAAAAUGAGGGUGGUUUUUAAUAAAUAAUUAUGUAAAAAAAAGGAUUUUUCAACGGACAAUGUUUUAUUUAUUAUCAACAAUCUUUUUCAAUUUUUUUUUGUGUAUAAAUAAUACAAACCGUCUUUAAAGAAAAAACUUCUUAAAGUAGGUAUCUUCUAAUAAGUCAAAUACCUAUUAGGUCCUAUGGUAAAAAUAAUUCACUGAAGGGGAUUGUUGAUAAGACUCCUCCCCCUGUAGUUCGUGCAAUUGAUGUAAUGACUGCUUUUAUAGUUGCGCUAAGUUCUUUAAUAAUAUCUUGAUCAUUUUCGUUUAAGAAUUUAUUAACGUUAUCUCCUGAAAUUUGAACACAUAUUAUAGGUAUCUUAUCCAAAAUAUUUAAUAACAAAUUACCCAUUGCUUUAUUGCCGUUGAACAAAUUAUCCAAUUUGUAAUACGAUUUGCUAAUUUUGAAGUCCAGCGAAUCAUUGUCUUGGACUAUUGCAUAGUCCACACCGGCCCUGUUUUCCAGUUUAUAUGAGAAGCUGUAUUUAAAUUGACUGUCCA